UUUUUUCCCCUCUUGCUUUCCAGAGGUAGCCGAUAAGAUCUACAAUUUGUACAACGGCUACACCAGCGGGAAGGAGCAGCAAACGGCCUACAACACCCUGAUGGAAGUCUCCGCCUCCAUGCUCUCCCGGGUCCAGCAUCACUACAACUCCCACUAUGAGAAAUUUGGGGACUUCGUCUGGCGUAGCGAAGAUGAGCUCGGGCCCAGAAAAGCACAUCUCAUCCUACGCCGGCUGGAGAAAGUCAGCAACCACUGCUCAAACUUGCUACGCAGCGCCUACAUCCAGAGCCGAACUGACACCAUGCCCUACUUGUUCUGUCGCAGUGAGGAGGAGCGCUCCCCUGGCAUGGUGUGUUACAAUGUCCUGAAGGACACCAAAAUCAGCUGCGAAGAGAAGAUGAUCUCUCUCCUGCGGAACAUGUACGGCGACUCCAAGGGACGGUGAAAAAAAAAACAAAAAACGGGCCGGCCAACUGAGGCACGACGGGGCAGAGGCGCUCCCCUUUGGCUCAAAAGCAAGGACAUGUGGCAACCUAUCCAUUCAACGGAAGGGAGAUCAGCUCGGGAAACCACACAGCCAUCCGAGGGGGCCAACUAGAUUCCCUCCCUCCUCCCUUUUCCUUAGGUUCUCUCUCUCUCUCCCCCUUUUUAAUUAAAGAAAAAUAAUUAUUAUUUAAGAAAGGAAGUCCAUCGUUCCGCUCCAUCCAAGGGGACGGGGGAAAUUAAAACAAUUCAAUGAAGGCCAUGGCUUUUCCCCAACGUCUUUCUCUCCCAACGCAAAUCUCUCGUCCUGGGCUCCAGAAUGGAUGGAGAUGGAGAGAGACGGCGCAUUCGGGUGGGCUGGGGUGGGGACCACCCACAAGUGGUGGGCGCAGCCGUUUUCAGCUGUACGUGGGAGGGGGAACAGUGGCUGGCUCACCUUAGAUUUUGGCUCCGAGGGACUAAGGCUUGGGUAUCGUGAGAAUUUUAAGCCGGAAAUCAGAAGGACCCACAUCCUUGAAGUAGCCACUGAGAAGUUCGCUGCAAACUGGAGAAAGAACUUUGCUAGCGGGCCACGACAAGAAAAGUGGCACGAAUGAAACAUACAUCAGGUGUCCAAAAACACAAAGGUUCCUUGGGUGAUUGCCACUACCAUAUCCUGACAGGUUGUUCUGUGCAUUAAAACAUUCAUAUUUACUUCCAA